AUGAGCCGUUUCACGCAGGAGCUCUCCCGCUACCGCGACAGGCGCACCUUCCGCUCCUUACCGGAACUGACGCAAGAGACGGUGGAGUUCGAGCUACCUCUGGACAGCAAGGGAGCCAUGAUGCGAAACGGAGAGGUGCUGCUCGAAAACGGGUACCUGGCUCAAGAGCCGGCGGCGGCCCGGCCGUUGGUGUACCUGGCCGUUGUCGAUGAGUCCGGAGGGCCGGAAUACCAUGACGUUAUGGCCGAGGUGCUGGACACGUGCGUUCAGCGCCUUCCGGACGAUUGCCGGCUGGGCGUGGUGACGGUAUCGGACCGGGUGGGUCUGGUCGAUCUCGCGGCGCCCCUGCCGCACGUGCAGCUCGUCGACCUGGGGUCGGGAACGGGGGCCGGCGGCGGAGGAGGGCAGGGGACCGCUGGGCAGCCGGGCGGGGGGGGCGGGAGCUGGACCGAGCCAUCGAGUGCUGUGGGUCUGUCGGAGGUGAUGUCGCUGGAGGAGCUCUUGUGCCCAAUCGGCGGGAACCGCGAACUGAUCUCGGCGAACGUCCGAGGGCUGAGAGGAGCGUGCCGUGACGGCGGUGCUGCGGCCGCUGGCCGGGCGGGAACCCGAGUGACCGGGCUAGCCGUCAAGCUCUUGCUAAACCUCCUGCUCGGCGCUGCGCCCGGGCCUGCAGGCGCAGGUGCCACCUCUACCGCCGGGGGGGGGCGCGACGCCAGGGACGGCCGUGUCGGGGCCCCGGGAAGAAAGACAUCAACCGGGGCCUCGGCGGCGGAACGCGGGGUGGGGGGCGGCGGCUUCCCCUUCCCCGGGUGUCGGCUGAUGCUGUUCCUGGGGGGGGCGCCCGACAGGGGCCCCGGUGCCCUGGGAGUGGUUUCCCCCAACGUGGCCGGGGGGGGCAAAAGAAACGUGGAAACGGAAGGGUUCGUGCACCAUCAGCUGUUUCCUGGAAAACCGAGGGCGCUGGGUUUCUACCGCGGGCAGGCGUACCGUGCCGCGUCGUGCGGGGUAAGCGUGGACGUCCACUGCUUCGCCAACAAGACGUGCGGGCACUUCGGGCUCUCUUCGCUGGCGCCGUUGGCGAUGACCACCGGGGGAGGCGUGUACAGACACUCGCUGCUCCACCAGAGGGAAGGCGAGAAUCGCGCGGUGACGGUGGCGAGGGAGGUGUGCGCGGAGCUCCUGCAGCCGAGGGUCUUACGACGGCCUCUUGCGUCGUUCGCCAUGGACUUCGAGUUCAGGGGGGCGGGAGGCGGAGCAGAGCUCCAAUGGGACGAGGACGAAGACGCUAGUGCCACUGUACAGUCCGCCUUCGCGUACACCGCAGUUGUUCCGGACGCCAACGCUUCAAGCGAGGCAGCGAGCGACAACGCCAUCAACGGCGGUGAAGCGACCAACGCGGCGAGAAUGGUGACGGUUCGGCGUUUGAGGGUCUCCACGGUAAGGACCGACUCUUCUCCCAGCGUCGAAGUUGUGGCGACGGCGGCGGACCCGGCGACCGUGGCCGCGGUGCUAGCCCACAAGGUCGUCUCCGAGGCCCGAAGGAGCGGCUUCGCCGAGGCCCGCGGACUCCUACGCGACUGGCUGGCUAACUUCAUCUCCGGCCUGGCCGAGAGCUUGGCGGCGUCCGAGGGCGGGAGGGAGAGCGCCAUCCCCGGCGGCGGCGGGGUCGAGCAGGCCCAGGCCCUGAUGGCCAACCCGCUGAUCGUGGGCGUGGCGAGGCAGGUGUUCGGCCUUCUACAAUCGCCGGUACUGCACCCCACGAAGGGCAUCGCUGACGAGAGGGUGAGCUUGCUCAGCCGUCUGUCUUCGUUGGACCCGGAGUCGCUGUCGAUCGCGCUCUACCCCGAGAUGCAGGGUUACGCUACCCCAGACAUCCGCCUGGCCAACAGCCUCUCACUCUCUAGGCAAGCGGUAACCGAAGCCUCCCCAGCCUGCCGAAUCUUCGUGGUGGACACGUUCUGGCGGGUGGUUGUACACUACGCCGACUCUCCGGCAUCCCUCGCUGCCGGCGAGGCGGCGGGAGAGGCUCCCCUCCCUUUCCCCCCCUCCCGAGACUCUGCGAUAGGGCAGUACUUGGAGAUGAGACGGGCUGUACGGCCGUUGGCGGGUCAGGAGGUGGUUUACAGCCGACCAGGGACCCCUGAGGCGUUUUUCUUCGAAGAGACCUUGCUGGAAGACCGACCUCUGCCCAGAGCGGAGAAGGCGGAGACGUUCAAGGGCUUUUUCGCGGAGAUAGUCCGAGAUGUUCUACAGACGUCGUAGCAAUAGGGGCGCGUGAACGGUGCACACAUCCCAAGGGUUUCAUCUCCGGUUGAUUUUCACGUGGAAGUGGAUACGACUGCAUGCAAUGAUCUGCCCACCCUAGGCGGCUCCAGCAUGGAAAGUAAUUUGCUUUGCAGCAAGGAGACGCUUUUGCUAGCAUUUUUGAGGCCACGUGCGUGCCAAAAAGCCUGUUGUUGUUAUUCGCAAGGCCUUCCUUACCUCAUGCGUUUCUGUGAACUGUUGCUGUUGUAAGAGUUUUGCGCACUCUGCCAUGCGGAGGCAGCGUGCUUGCUACAAGUAGGUAUCAGGUUCGGUAAAUCUCACCCUGGUUGAAAUCCUUGAGGGCUGCGUGAGCAUGCGCA